CAAACGUUUGCUCCUCCUGUGUUGCAUGCUAGUUGUCUUGCACAGCUCCGUUUAUUCAGUACAUUUCCAGAAAUGGAUGUAUUGGGAAAUUUAGAAGUCAGGUGGACUCAGGGUUUGACAAGCCAAAAUGUUGAAUUUGUUGACAAGAAAACAGCCUGCUACAUUUGUGGAAAUUACAUAGUUUUCCUGAAUAUAGAGACGAAAAUGAGAAGUGUGCUGCAGUGUCCUGGUCGAGGUAUUGGUGCCUUCACAGCAAAUGGACAUUGCAGGACACUUGCAUUCUCCAACCAUAAACUAAAUCCCUCCAUAUUUGUGUACAACUACCCUGAACUAAUGCAGAAAAAUGAACUAAAGGGAACAGCCCAUAUAGACUACACAUCUCUGGCACUAAGUGAUGCUGGUCCUUAUUUGGCCUGCUGCUCAUCAAUACCAGACCAUACCAUAACAGUAUGGAACUGGGAAACUGGGGAUCCAAUUUGUAACCAACCACAGGCUGGAAAAGACAUCACCUCUUUAGUAUUUAACCCAAUGAACUGGCUCCAGAUUUGCGCUUUGAGUGCAUCGUCAUCCGUUACAGUUUGGAACAUUGAGAAGAGUGACAGAUUUCAUAUAAUGAAACCAAGUGUGAUAGAUCUCCCUGCGACUGAUGGCUGUCUGGUUGAGAGGGAGAUUAACCCGUCUCAUGUCCCCACUGGAAUACUCACCUACUUCGGACCUCAGAUGCCCACCUCAGCCAUCGCAGGACUUGCAGAAGAAAAGGCAGAAACUUUUGUGCCCAAAGAGCACAUCAAAACCAGGCUAAGCCCUAGCACCAUCUGCUGGACAGCCUCAUCAGAGCUCUAUGUGGGCUGUCAGGAAGGCCACCUGCUGCAGGUUGACCCAGACUCUCUGGCUGUCUCUGUCCUCUUCAACCCCUCAGCUGCAGAUGACAUUCCUGGGUUCCAGCAGGGUAGCUUCCAGAGCUUAGCCCUGCACAAGGAUGGACUGUUUGUGUCAGGAAAGGAGAAUGUGCUACGCUGCUUGAAAAUUAAGGGGAACCAAGUGGAGGUUACACAAACUUGGACAUUGGAGGAACCAGCCACAACCAUAAUAUAUUCUCCAGACUAUGAAACACUGCUGUUAACUUCCAGUACAGGGCGCAUCUACAGGUAUAAACGAUCCCAGUGUGAGAAGGUGGUGAAAGUCCUGGACGUUCUCAGUGGAGACUUUGUGGCAGCAGCUUCACUGUACACCGAUAAUAAUUUAUGUGUGUCAGUGAGGGACUCAGGAGAGUUGCAGCUGUGGUCUCUAGAUGCUGGCUUCUGCGUCGGCUCUAUAUCUCUUCAAGUAAAGGUGACCAGUUUGGCCUGCUGUCCGAUUGCUCAAUAUGUUGCCGUGGGAACAGUGUCGGGGCAUGUCCUGUUCAUUGAGCUGACCAGGGAGCAGCAGCCCCGUCUGGUGCACAGGGUUCAUCUCUACUACACUCCUGUGGACCACCUACUUUUUGAUCAAGGAGGAAACUUCCUUAUCACUGGUGCCUCGGAUGCAAAUAUAUAUGUAUUGAAUGCAAGGGCUUCCAGAGUGUUUGAGGUAAUCGGAUACACAGGUGCUAAAGGAGCCAUCGUGUCCCUGUCCACCCAGUACAGCCGGGACAUUAAGCAGGUCAAACUGCUGGCUCUGUGUGCUGGAGAGAAGGACAUAGGCCGGGGGGAGGGCAGUCUGCUUACACUGCUCACUCUGCCUGUGCAGGAGCUCACAGGGGCAGGAGUGUGUGCAGACCUGAGAGGAUGUCUGUCCAAUAAUGUCCUACAGAGGUGCACAUAUGAGGUCCCUCACGCACUCAGCUCCUCUGCCCUGGGAGCCAAUAAGAUCUUUGGCUACUGCCAAAAGAGGAAAACUCUCCAGAGAUUCCAGCUACCUGAGAGCACAGAAAGGUCCUCUGACCAGGAAGUGGUCCAGUUGACCCCAGAGAAGGAGGUGGAUGGUCACCCUAUGGGCCCCGCCUCCGUCCUCCUGUCGCCCCACCAGUCUUGGCUGGCCUCAGUGGGCCAAGACGGACUGCUGCGCAUCCGGGAGAUCUCCAGUCUGGACCGAUAUGUUCAGAUGCAGUGCCACUCGUGUUGGCUGGGAGGGGUGAGGACAGUGUCCUUUACCUCAGACAGUCAGACAUUGAUCACUACAGGCCUGAAAGACGGCUCUAUGGUCUGUACAAGACUAAGGCUGAAAAUGGCCGGUGUUGGCAAAGCGAAUGCAGCGACACAGUACAGCCAGUCUAUAGCCAAAUACCAGGAGAGUGUGAUGACAUCAGAGAACCCUAUUCUCAGUAGGAUGGCUGACUGGGACCCAGAGGCCCUGUCCCCUCCUGGGUCAGCAGAUCUACAUGGAGCAGAGGCCAGUGAUAAGCGACAGAUAGUUGAUUUGACGGAACAGGAUGAGAGCUCCACCAACCUACCCUCAGCCACAGCCUCAGACUCCACCUGGCUGGACAACAAGCUGGAAACGGUUAUCAAUGAGGAGAUCCAGCAGUUUUCACAGACGAAGAAAAGCCUGAGGAAAAAUAUCAAACAGUUGCGUGACACAAUCCAGGCGAUGAUGCGUGAGAACGAGACGCUGCCUGACAUGGAGAAGCUGGAGCAGCAGGAGUUCAACCUGGAUGUAGAUGAGCAAAAGAGACUGCAGGCUGAGGGGGAGCAGGAGGUCACCAGGGUCCGAAAUGAGAUUGAGUUGGAGAACCUAGCCAAGUGCUACCUGCGUGAUGUCCUUAAGAGAGAAUGCUGGGAUUCCAUGAAGGUCAAAGGGCAAGCUAUCAAGGCCUUCCACUCUGAACACGAGGUGAAGAACUACCCCAUGAAGGAGCGGACACAGCAGGAGCUGGAUGAACUUCAUCGAGUGGAGAGUGUGAGGAAGAUUGAACGGGCUGACAGUAAUCUCCAGCAGGAGAUUCUAGAGAAGAAGAGCAAGACCACGACGGAAGAAGAGGAGGAGGAGGAAGGCCGUGAGAUGGAGAGUGCUUCCCUCACAGGUAGCCUCAGUGCCCAGUAUGGAGGCUCAAACCCCUACCUCUACAAUCAGUUCAACCUGCAUAUCAGAGAGCAGAAGAUCAACCAGAUCACUUUGCUACAGGAUGUGAUCUACAAAGUGAAGACAGCCUUUAACACAGACUUUAAGGGGGUGCACAAGCAGAAGGAGCAGGAGAUCAACCGAGUGAAAGAUAAGAAUCGACGCAUCAUGGAGAUCAUGUCAGAGCUGGACCUGAAGAGGAAGCUGUGGGAGCCCAGCCUGUCUGACAACGAGCAGCCAGAGAGGGCACUGUCUGUGGAGGACUCUGAGAUUCAAUUUGAAAAGUACCUCACCCCAGAGCAGAGAAAAAAAGAGGAGGAGAAGAGGAAAGCGGAGGAACAAAGACGGCAGGCGGCCAAGAGUGACAAUAUCAGAGAGAGAGCUCUGGAUGAAAUGAUGGGUGGAGUACUCGAGCUAAAAAAAGAGGACAUCUUGAGAAUGGACGUGCCUCAGCCUGAGUUCAUUGUAUCCAAACCGGACAUUCAGUGGACAGAGGAAGAGAAAAAGAUCUAUAAAGAGUAUGAGAAGAAAGCCAAAGAACUGAGCGAGGAACAGGAGAAGUACAGAAAGACUCUGGAAGCUGAAAUGAAGAAACUACAGACGUCCAUCAUGGACACCACUCAGGGGUUUGAUGAAACCUUGACCAAGCUCUUUGAGAGGAAGGUGAAAUCUGAGAUGGUUAUAUACCAGGAAGAGCUCAAGAUUACCAAUCUAGUUCACUCCAUUCUGAUAGAGGAGGAGGUUUGCAAUAGAGAGAGAGAGCUCAGCCUCAAGCUAGAAAAAAAAAGGGUCUACAAGAAUGAGAUUGGAGAAGAGCUUAAGAAGCACAAAGAGGAUGUAGAAAUGUUCCGGGAGACCUACGACAAUGUUGUGGCCGAGGACAAACUUCUUGACAGGGGAUUCAGGAAGGAGUUCUUUGAUGUCCCAGGCCAUGUUGUUGAUCAGCUGUACAAGCUAUACAAGCGCAGACCCAGUACACUCUUGCCCAGGGUCCAGAGGAUGAGGACCCAGGCAGACAACAGUACCAGCCCCUUUAAAGAGCAGCCCCUGCCGGGCCCAGUGGCAGCAGAGGGUCUCUGUCAGAUGAUGAAGGCCAUGGAGGAGCUGGACGCUCCAGAGAACAUGCCUGAAAGCCUAGACCCGUCUGUGUGGGAGAGGUUCUGCCUGGCCCGCAGAGCCAAAGUUGAGAGUGAGCAGCAGGUGAAAGUUAAGGCUUUGACUCUGGCUGAAAUGCAAGCUUUUCUGCAGAAGAGGACCGAUGAGGAUGAGAGUGCAAGACUGGAAAUGAAAAGUCUCAUGGAUGAUAUCAAUGGGCUACGAGAGGAGAAGAUGCGUUUCCGCCUGGACAUAAUGGUUCAGAUCCUGAUCAAGCAGGGCCAGGUGGAGGUGGAGAAUGGAGACUUCAUUGCUGACUACUCUGACUCUCUGCUGCUCCAUAAGAGUGUGGUGGAGGACCUCAACGGGACCAUCAGGGCUCUGGGAGAGCAGAAGAUAGCCAGCAUGGUGGAGUGCAAGGACUUCCGUAAGGGCAUCAUCCAGCAGGAGUGGGAGCACAAGAGGAUGAGGAUGCAGAAGGAGGACCUGAACAACAAAGCCAGGGACAUCCAGAUGCUGCGCGUCUCUCAGGAGCUGCAGGAGUAUCUCAGUGAGACGGAUCAUGACAACCGCAUGUCAAAGCAGGUUUCAACUCUGGAGAAAACAAUAACAUUACAGGAAAAGACUCACCAAAAGAAUGUGCUGAAAUGUAAGAAGUUGAUCAAGCAGCUGAACAGACAGGCAGCAAUGAAGGCAGCGAAGAAUACUGCUCUGGAUGAGCAGCUGACCAACAUGCAAGUGACUGUGGCUGAGAGGAGACACAUCUAUGAAGCCAUAGCCAUGGAGGAGAACCAGGAGAGUGAGGCAGAGGAGAGGUACCAGGAGAUCAUCCAGAGGAAGAAGCUGGUGGAUCUAGCCAGGGCCCAGGCUGAGGAGGUGGCUAUCCUCAGGGCAGAGGUGGAACGCAUGAGGAUGAAGUCCUUCCCCACUCUCGCUCAGCUAAAACAUAACUGAGAAGCUUUAAGAA